CAAAAAACAAUAUGGCUGUUUAUAGUCAAAAAAGCUCAUGAAAUAUUUAUUUAAAAUAGGAAAAACCAAGAAAAUAAUUAUAUUUCUGUGUCAAAUUUUUGUGUAGUGUUUUUGUCGAUGUUCAGUGCAUUUAGAUAAGACUUAAGCCGCCAUGGCGUAUUCCCGCCCCAGGGACUUGGACGGGUUCGCGGUGCACCUUAGAAAGCCGGACACCCGCUUCAAGCUGCAGCUGGGACAAGAUUUGGUCAGUUUUUUGGCGGAACCGGCCAAUCCAAUCACAUGCCAGGACAUUGGACAGUUUGUCGACGGGCUAGUGCCGUGGAUGCAAAGUAGUAAUUUCAAGGUUGCGAGUGUAGGUAUUGAAGUGCUGACAUUCUUAAUAGACAGAUUAGGCCAUGAUUUCCGACCCUACCUUCAGACUGUAUUACCCGCCAUAAUAGACCGAUUGGGAGAUUCUAAAGACUCUGUACGAGAGAAAUCACAAUUGCUCAUCCUUAAGUUGCUUGAAAGAAACGUGCUCACACCUCAGACAUUAUUCGAGAAACUCACGCCAGGAUUUACACAUAAAAACGCCAAAAUAAGGGAGGAAGUGUUGCGAUGUUUAGUUAAUACAUUAAAUGAACAUGGAGCUCAUUCGCUUACCUUAAGCAAAUUUAUACCAGAUAUAGUAAAACUACUUUCCGAUCCUACGUCCUCGGUUAGGGACACUGCAUUUAAUACCCUAGUGGAUUUAUACAAACAUGUCGGCGAAAAAUUGAGGCUCGAUAUCCAAAAACGUAAUUUGGUGCCUCAAGCCAAGUGGUUGGUUUUGGCAGCUAGAUUUGAUGAAGUGAGAAAUAGCGGCGAACUUUUGCCCACUGCUAGCAAAAGUGUGGAUUUAAAUUUUGACGAAGUCGAUAAAAUGUCGCGACCACCUCAAUUAGCGGCGCCCUCUAUUAAAAGAGCCGCUUCUAGUGUAACUAAACCAAAAUCGGCGCCAGUAUCUUCAAAUGCAGUUUUAAGCAGAGCAGGAUCGCUUAGAAAACUUACUGUAUCAACUGCAUCUGGUGCAGUAGACGAAGAUUUCUUUGUCAGAUCGUUCCAUGAAGUGCCCACAAUUCAAAUAUUUUCCGCCAAAGAUGUUUCCGAUCACUUAAAAUCGAUCCAGGAAACGAUAUCGGACCAAUCAAAAGACUGGAACAAACGUCAAGACGCUCUAAUAAGGUUGCGCUCUUUGGUGAUUGCGGGCGCUACCAAUUUUGAGGAAUUUUUCGUUGGUCUUAAAAACUUAGAUUUUGCCUUGCAAGCUUCUCUCAAAGACUUGAGAUCGCAAGUGGUUCGAGAAACUUGCAUAACUUUGGCGUACUUUUCGCAAAGUAUUGGGCCUAGGUUUGAUAGGACUGCGGAAAUUAUUUUGCAGCCUUUGAUUAUGCUUAUACAAAAUUCUGCAAAGGUCAUGGCAACUUGUGGGGAAAUAACUAUAAAGUUUAUUUUGAAAAACGUACACUCUUCAAGAUUAAUUCCAAUAAUUGCCAGUAAUGUUAUUAACUCGAAGAGUAAAGAAAUUCGCAGGUCUUGUUGCGAGUUUGUUGAAAUAAUAUUGACUAAUUGGCAGACCCAUCCACUAGAGAAACAUGAAGCUUUAUUAAAGGAUUGUAUUAAAAAAGGUGUAGCAGAUGCUGAUCCUGAAGCUAGAGUUUUAUCAAGGAGAGCCUUCAGAGGUUUCAAAGAUCAUUUCCCUGAGCAAGCAGAAGCACUGCUGCAGUCUCUAGAACCAAGUUACAGAAGAGCUCUUCAAGGUGAUGGAAUGUCAGCCAGUUCGUCCAAUAGUAAUCUCAACAGUUGCUACAAGACUCCAAGAUAUAACAAAACUCCAAGCAGUACCGUACAAAGUGCUUCAGAUACAGGCAACAGGAAAGGAUUUAGGAGCAAUUCAGCUAUAGAUCUUCAGGCAGCACAGCGAGCAAAAGCGAGAGCACAAUAUUCUGCUAUGGCCAGGAACAAAAUACAAUCGGGCACCGCUAGUCUUCAGGGAGAGGUAGCUCUAUCAGCCCGACCUAAAAGGAUACCAGACGCACCUGUGAUGGCUUCUCCUGAAAGAAGUGGCAGAACACGAAGUAGAAAUUCACAAUCUCAACCUACAAGUAGAUCAGGUUCUCCCAGUUCUAGAUUAGCUUACCUCUACAGCAGACCAACAGAGCACGAUUCUGGACGUCCUAGAAGAAUGUCGUCUGGUAUUCCUAGAUCAACUGAAGGUUCAAGAGACACUUCAAGAGAAACAAGCCCUAAUCGUGGUGCCUACAUAAGUAGAUUUAGAAGAGGAUCCGAUAGACCGCCAUUGAGUCCUGCACCUCGACCCGUGCUAGCUCAAAAAAUACUGCAGCAAAGUCGCGAAGCUGAAUCAGCUUUGGCAGAUGCUUUUUGUGAUUCACCUGAAACUCCUUUUAGAAGCCCCAGAAAAUCUCUCAGAUCAAUAGAUAAUCAUUCUGAUGAAUCUGAAACUUCCAGCAUUUGCUCAGAAAGAUCUUAUGAUUCGUUCAAGAGGCCAUCUGAGGACAUCAAUGAAAUAAUCGCCCUUUGCACCAGUACAACGUGGCAAGAGCGCCGAGACGGUCUGAUGUCCCUACAGUAUUAUUUAAGUCAAGAAAUCAAGCUCACCGAUGGCGAAUUGAAAUAUCUAACCGAAUUAUUUGCCAAAAUGUUCACGGAUUCGCAUACAAAAGGCAUGGGGGUCUUUUUAGACACUCUUCACGAGGUCAUAACAAUCCACAAAGAAGAUCUACAUUACUGGCUUUACGUCCUCCUUCAAAGAGUAUUCCUCAAAAUCGGCGGCGAAACUCUAAACUCAAUCGCCAGCAAACUAAUAAACACUCUAGACUUAGUGCGUAAUUGUUUCAGUACAGAUUUAUUGAUCGCAAAUGUGUACCGAUUUUUAUUGGACGCCACCCAAACGCCCAACGCCAAAUCAAAAGCUGUAGUAUUGAAUUUUCUAACAACUUUAUAUUCACAUGCGGACGCCGCUAGUGCUGUCGCAACCUCCCCAAACGCGCUGCAAGUAUUAAAAAAGCUCAUCGCUUUCUCUCAGGACGCAAAAUCUAUGGAAAUUAGGCAGGCGGCUAAAGUUUGUAUUGUGGCUUUUUGGAAUUGUAACAUUCCUGAAGCUUCGAGGAUGUUUGCCGAAUUACCCAAGGAGCAACACGAUAUUGCUUCUAAUAUUGUACAUAAUCAUGUUAGGAAAACUUCCACUAGUAGUGAACCUGGUAGUCCGUUGGUUGCUAGAAGUCCUAAGCCGGCAGGAUCGCCGGGAACGCCACCUUUUGGCGAUCAAGAGGAGGUUUAUAAGAGUCUGCGACGUACUACAGCGGAAAUUCAAAAUUACAGUUUUGAAACUUUAGGGCCUAAAUUGGAAAGGGACAGAGAUACAACCUCGCAAGAUUCAGGUAUAUCGCAAAUGUCUACAGGAAAUGAUCUUAGAAAUGAAGCAACCAUUGAAGAAAAAAUGGAACAAUUAAAUCUUGGUGCAAGGUCUGGCCCUAUGUCUUUACCUUACACUAGUGUCAAUGGUGUUUCAGAGCCUGAUUCGAACGGUUGUAGAAGUUUAGGAGAAAUCAAAGACUCUGAUGUAAUAGUUAAAGAAGUGUUGGAAAAAUGCUGUAUAGGUCACAUCACUUCUAGCUCUGACAAAAGGAGACUGUUAUCGCAAUUAUUGGAUCUUGUUAGGCAGGGUCAUAUUGAAAGUAUCAUUGAGAAUUUUAAGAAAUUACUUAGGAUUUUGAUAGAUCAUUUAGCUAGCGACGACGAUGGUCCAGCUAAAGUAUUAGUAUUAAAAAUUUUAACUGCAAUUUUCCAAAAUCCGAAUAUGAGAACUACAUGGGAAAAUUUUGUCGAAUUGCUUACUUUGAAAGUAUUAAAAGCUCAUACGGAUGAUAGAAGAGAAGUGGUUAAAGAGGCAGAAACUACUGCAGCAGCAAUGGCCGUUUGUCCAUUUGAUACAGUAGCUUAUACUCUGGCGCCUCUUAUUCGUACUAGUCCUUAUCCUGAAGAUUUAGGUGCCAUUAAAAUGUUAACCAAACUAGUUGAGGCUAAUCCAGAUCAGAUUACUGACGAUCAUUUAAGACAAAUUAUGCCUGGAAUAUUAAAGGGAACAGAUCAUAACGAAAGCCCGGUGCGGAAAAGUUCAAUCUUCUGCAUGGUAGCUUUAUACAAGGCAGUUGGUGAAGAACGUUUUUCCAUCUACAUCAACGGUUUGACUGGCAGCAAAGUCAAAUUGCUGAGAUUGUACAUCAGCAGGGACGAACAAAAAUCGUCUACUGCGAGUCCCAAUAAUCACACUCCCAAAUUUUAGAUUUACAUUUCAUUGACUAGUGCAUAAAUUUUCAAGAUAAGUUCAUGUACACGUACGUAUGAGUUUAUGUAAGAAAUAACGUGAGUAUUUCACAAAUUUGAAUAUUUUGCAGCUGCUUGCCAAAUUAUGGACCAACUGAUAAGUGUCUGGUUGUUCCAGUUGGUACAUAAUUUGGCCCUAAGUUUAAUUUCGUUAACUUUCUGUCAAUAAUUAUAUUAAUUUGUUAAGGUAGAAAAACUAAUUUAUGGCUGUUAUAUGCAUCAUUUUUCCUUUUAGAGUUUUUAAAAAGUGAAAUGUAGAUAUUUGGUAAUAUUUUUUCUUUUUUGUAAUUAACACCUUAUUACUGCAUACAUUUUUGGUUAUUAACUUAUUUAUCCAUUCACAAUCCGAUGUCCACAGGUACAGGUAAAAUUUAUCACCUUUCAAUGUUAUUUGAUAGGGAAAGGUUACCUGUACCUGUGGACAUCGGAUUGUGAAUAGGAUAUAUACAUUUUUAUGUGAAUUGGCACAUUAUAAUUAACCUAUUAUUAUUGGCAAGUCAUUAAAACUAAAUUAAGUUUGACUAUUCUAAUUGUUUAUUAUAGCACCUGUUAUUUUUGUUAAUAUUUUUUUUGGAAAUAUUGAAUGUUGUGAUGUUCUCGAAUGAUGUGCAUACAAUUAUUUACCCUCAAAAAUAAUGUAAAUAGUCACUACAAUUUUUUUAUAAAUGUUUGUAAAAUGAAGUCUCUCUCUGGUUUUUUAAUUGUCCCAGGGUCGUUAUUCUUGAAACAGGGGAGCAGCCUUCCUAGGAGAACUGUCUCUGUUGCUUAUAUUAUCAUUGAGAAAGAUGAAACAUUCGCCUGUUUCAAAAAUAAGGACCCAGUUUGUUUUUUCCCAAACUUAAAGCGUGUAGAUUUUUUAUAGACACACAAAAAAAAAAUAGCUUAAAAAUAAUCUUUUGUAUGCCAAAUAUUAUUGUAUUAAUGUGCUAUAUUAUAUCGAGUUCUUUUAAAUUGUAAAUAUAUUUUUAGUUAAUUAUUAAUAAAAUUCUCCACUAAAUUAAGACGCUUUUAAACUAAUGUUAUACUUUGCCCCCCUUUUUAAAUAAUGUAUUAGUCACUUUGAAAUAAAGCUUAAUUAUUGUUUAUGAAGAAUUUUUAUUUAUUCAUCCAAUACAAUAAUUAUAAAAACACCUUAAUAUCCUUUAAUAGAAUGAGCCACGGACCAAUUCUGUGCCACUUGCAAAGGCCCUUCAAUACUAACACCUUGAUCAGCAUCAAUAAUCCCCAAUUGAUACUUAGGAAAACUUCUAGCAUCACGAUAGUACAAAACUUCCAUGCAUCUUUCAACUUGAGCUCUAGCUUCAGCUUGCGUGAGUUGAGGUUUAUUAUCCAGAGCGUCUCUGAGCAUAGGAGUGGCAAUAUGAGCACCGUAGCCAGUGCAAAUAAUUUUGUCAGAGUACGCAGUGCCUUGUUUGUCGACCGUGCCUAAGAAAGGCUCUCCGUCUUGAAUUCCGGCAACAAUAAAAUUAUUCCAAAGUGGAUCCAUUUUGCUUCUUCUGUUGUAUAGGAUUCUGGUCAACCAGCAGUAGAGAGAUUUCGGUUUGAGGGUGAUACCGUCAUCCAAAC